AGGCCAAGUCGUUUUUUAAACUCAUCUGUGUUCACAACUUAGACAAAUGAAGAAGAUGUUUCCUGUUUAGUAUCUGCCUACACCUUGGGGACAUUAGCAGAACAGAUUUGACAACACCAGGUUCGUAUCGUAUAUCAAUUGUUGUGGAAAUUGCGCAGGCAUAAAGUGCAGUCGCAAGCUCAUCAGUCCAGAACUGGAAGGGGAAAGACUCGUUACCAUCAUGAUGCGCUGUACUCUCCUGGUUUUUCUGUUCCACGUGGGUUUCGGGGACGUGCAGAAAGAAGAUCUUCCUCCAUGGGCCGAUGAAACAAGUCUGGGGAAGUACCAGGAUGCGUGGAGGACCUUGAAUCAAUCAAACACAACAGUAUAUUUCCUCGUGAGGUCGACGUACAGCGAGAACCCGGUGUGGGGGAAAAACUUCACAUGCGUCAACGUUCGAGCUAUUGAAGUAAACGAGACGGCAAAAACUGUCAAAUCCUUGUUUAGGUUCAAGAAUGGAACUACGGGCAAGACAUACAACCUUACUGACACUGUCGGAGUUACAACCACAUAUAAUUACAGUACACCGAACGCUAUUCAGUACACAACUGACAAUGGAACCCUCAAUGACACCCUUAUCUUCUCGGACUACAAUAGAUGCGACAUCGUCAGUAUUCCUUAUGAAAAUAAUGGAACAGGAUGCGAGAUGUGGGUGAACAAGGAUCACGUCAACAACAUACCUGACUGCUGUAACUUCAUAUACGAUGCUUAUUGCGUCAGUGCUGGAAACUACACGGUUUACGAGCAGACUAGUUGUAAGGACAUGCUUGACCAAAAAGCUAGUGAAGCAUGCUGAUAAGUGCGCUUCUGCGCUUGCCUGUGCUUUUAGCGUCCGUGCAGUAGGUUUCUUGGCUAAAACCCUUAUAUAUCUUAUUAAAGUACGUCUAUCGUCCUGUUUAUUCGGUCCCUCUUUACUGGUGAUGCGCUACUACCAAUAUCGACGAGCUCACACAGCCACAUUACUGAAGUGCUUUCUGUGGGCCUGUUUUGGAAAUCUGGCUUAUCCCAGCCUUUCAAACCUCUUCGGAGAAAUAAAGAAGCUUGC